AUGGCCAUGGAUGAACUCGAGGAGUUUCCUAUGCGAAGAACCUCCCAAACGGUGAGAUUCGCUGAGACUCUUCAGCCUUCAGCUUCCAGUGUUCCAGGUCGAACUAACAACCAGACCAAAGGCAUUCUUCGAAACUCAAACGGAGAUGUUCCCAACGGCGCCUUCGACGCUCAAAGCUUCGAUACUAUACAUGCUCCUUUCAGGGAUUUUAGUGAAGUCCACACCUUUGCAGACGUGCCCCGGGAGACCUUGCCCGAGGAGAAAUCGCACGCCUACACAUUCGAGGACCUCGUCAACGUACCGUCGGGUAUGUUCUCUGACCCUGCACGCAAGAAGCUAUUGGACUUACGUCCAUUCACCACAAUUCUGGCAGGCUAUGAGCACACCUCCUGCCUUAUGAGCGGUCGCAACUUCCAAGCCAGCGUUGAGAAGGGGGUGCCCGACAUGGAAGACAUUGACGAAGAAUUUAAUGAGAUCUGGGUUGAGCUCCAGCUCUUUUGGGAUCUGCUUCUUCGUAUGCAGCCGAACUGUAUCACUUCUAAUGCAGAGUAUACAGGGCAGGCUGUUGAUUUCCUCCUGGAUCUGUGUAUGGCUAUGCAACUACCUAUAGAUGGACCUGGAUAUCAAGUAUCAGCUGCGAGAAUGCAGAUCAAGUGUUUCCGCCGCCGUCUUCGACGGUUGGAAUUGCUUCUGCGGACUGAGAUGCACAAGUGUGGUAAUUCAAUUGUCAUGCUUUGUGGAUGUUUGGUCGGCUUCAAGCGACCUGAGAGCAAGGAGCACGAUGGCUUUUGGGCGCCCGUCUUUGGAAACCGUGACCGAAACCAGCCCGAUCAAGCAGACAACAGAGCUUUCACAGUCCGCGAUGUAGCACUACUCCUCAGAGUUGAGGCCUAUUUCGCUCACUUCUGGCUUGCAUUCAAGAAAAAGCAUGGUACUGAAGUAGACGAUUUCGUCGCUGCAGCCGUUGAGUCAAUGGACGACGAGAUUAAGCAGUAUAUUCCAAAGCACUCUAGAAACCCCUUACGUAUCAAACGCGAGUGGCUGAAUGUUCUGCUCCAUCCGUCCUUUCGCAAAAUUGUCGUAAGAGAGGUGAACGAGAUUGUCAAGGAGGCUUCGAUUUUCUAUACCAUUCAUGGAACGUCUGGUCAUCGACCGGGUUGUCAAGCUCACAAGACCGCCUAA